AUGGAGACUUCGGGAUUCACAGAAGAGCAAUUGACCGUGCGGGACGCUGUCAUGAAGAUCUGCUCGAACUUCGACGACGAGUACUGGAUGGACUGCGACUACAACGACAAAUAUCCCGGUGACCUCCAUGCCGCCCUGGCCAAAGACGGCUGGAUAGGCAUUGCACUUCCUGAGAAUUUGGGAGGCUCUGGGCUUGGUAUUUCGGAAGCCACGAUGAUGCUGCAAACAAUUGCGGAAAGUGGCGCUGGAAUGGCAGGCGCGCAAUCGAUACAUGCAAAUGUCUAUGCCACACAGCCUGUUGCCAAGUUCGCGACCGAAGAACAGCGUGGCCGUUUUCUAAGCAAGAUCAUCAGCGGCGAAUGGCGAACGUGCUUCGGAGUCACGGAGCCGAACACUGGACUUGAAACACUUAAGCUGAAGACCACUGCAACGCCAGACGGAGACGGCUAUCGCAUUACUGGACAAAAGAUCUGGAUCACCAAUGCUCAGGUGGCCCAGAAGAUGGUCUUGCUAUGCCGCACGACGCCAAUCGAAGAAGUCAAGAAGUCCAGCGAAGGUCUCAGCAUGCUUUACAUCGACCUGAACAAGGACGAUCCGGGUCUAGAAAUCAAGAAAAUCCGCAAGAUGGGCGGCCGAGCAGUCGACGCAAACCAAGUCUUCUUCGACAACUACUACGUGCCCAAGGAUUCGCUGAUUGGCGAGGAAGGCAAAGGCUUCAAGCAGAUCCUCCACGGCAUGAAUGCGGAGCGUUGCCUUUUGGCAGGAGAGGCGCUCGGCCUUGGAUACGCAGCGCUCAAGAAGGCAACGAGCUAUGCAAAGGAACGCGUCGUCUUCGGCAGACCCAUCGGGCAGAAUCAAGCCAUCCAGCAUCCACUUGCAUCAGCAUUCAUGCAGCUGGAGGCUGCAAAGCUACUGACUUACCAUGCUGCCAGACUCUACGACCAGAGUUCGCCAGAUAAUCCAGAAUAUGACGACACAAUCACGCAGCAUGCAGUUGGGGUGGCCGCUAAUAGCGCCAAAUAUGUUGCAGCAGAGGCUGCGUAUGUCGCGUGCGAACGAAGUGUGAUGAGCAUGGGCGGCAUGGGCUAUGCUGCCGAGUAUCAUGUCGAAAGAUAUUUGAGAGAAUGCUUCGUCCCUCGGCUUGCGCCUGUGUCGCGAGAGAUGAUCAUGAACUUCAUCGGCGAGAAAGCACUUGGCCUGCCUCGUAGCUACUGA